AACCCGUUAUAAAAGGCCAACAAACAGAGUGAGAAAAACAGAGAGAGAAUACAGAGCUUCCUCUUAGAGGCCAUUGCUCUUGCAAAAAAUAAAAACAAAAACAAAGAACUCUCUCUCUCUCUCUCUCCUGUUCUUCUUCAUUCUUAUGUUUUUCAUCUUUCCUUUUAAUUUUUUUUAGGCUCUCACGUAAUAAUAAUGAUCAGUGUUCUGCUCGUGGAAAACAAAGUGGCAUGCAAUUACUAAACUAGCAUCACCAACGCCAUAACUUCCUCCAAACCUAAAAGUUCAGUGCUCAGAGAUCCAGAAGGAGAGCAACUGAUUAACAAGAUGGAAGCGUUUCAAGGGAUGACGAGGGGUGACAUUUCAUCCCAAGUGGGUCAGGUUUGGAGCCAAGUGAAGGAGCCAGUGAUUGUGCCACUGCUGAGAGUGGCAGUGAUUCUGUGCUUGGGCAUGUCGUUGAUGAUGUUAGUGGAGAGAGUGUACAUGGGCCUUGUGAUUUGCUUGGUGAAGCUGUUCGGAAGGAGACCUGAGAAGCGUUACAAAUGGGAGCCUCUGAAGGAGGACGUUGAGCUGGGAAACUCUACCUAUCCCAUGGUUCUGGUUCAAGUCCCAAUGUACAACGAAAGAGAGGUUUAUCAGCUCUCGAUCGGUGCUGCUUGUGGGCUUUCUUGGCCUGCGGACAGGAUCAUUAUACAAGUUCUUGAUGAUUCUACUGACCCAUCAAUAAAGGAAAUGGUGCAAAUGGAAUGUAGCAGAUGGGCAAGCAAAGGAGUGAACAUAAAGUACGAAGUGAGGGACAACAGAAAUGGGUACAAAGCAGGGGCUCUGAAAGAAGGGAUGAAACGUAGCUACGUGAAGCAAUGUGACUAUGUUGCCAUUUUUGACGCAGAUUUUCAACCGGAAUCUGAUUUCCUCUGGCGAACUGUCCCAUUCCUCGUCAACAACCCUGAACUUGGUCUUGUUCAGGCACGCUGGAAGUUUGUGAAUUCCAAUGAAUGUUUGAUGACCAGGAUGCAAGAGAUGUCACUGGAUUACCAUUUUACUGUGGAACAAGAAGUGGGGUCUUCCACUUACGCCUUCUUUGGCUUCAAUGGAACUGCGGGUGUGUGGAGAAUUACGGCGCUGAAUGAGGCUGGGGGAUGGAAGGAUAGAACCACAGUGGAAGACAUGGACCUGGCUGUUCGAGCCAGUCUCAAAGGAUGGAAAUUCUUAUACCUGGCCAAUUUAAAGGUGAAAAAUGAACUACCAAGUACUCUGAAGGCCUACCGGUACCAACAGCACAGGUGGUCUUGUGGACCAGCCAAUCUUUUCCGGAAAAUGGUGAUGGAGAUAAUGAGGAACAAGAAAGUAUCCUUGUGGAAGAAGAUAUAUGUGGUUUACAGUUUCUUCUUCGUCCGGAAGGUCGUGGCCCACAUAAACACUUUCGUGUUCUAUUGCAUCGUCUUACCUGCAACAGUUGUGGUGCCUGAGGUGGUGGUACCCAAGUGGGGUGCUGUUUAUAUCCCUUCCAUCAUCACACUCCUAAAUGCUGUUGGAACUCCAAGGUCACUCCACUUACUGGUCUUCUGGAUUCUCUUUGAGAAUACCAUGUCUCUGCAUCGAACAAAGGCUACAAUUAUUGGUCUACUAGAGGCUAGUCGAGUGAAUGAAUGGAUUGUCACUGAAAAACUUGGAGAUGCUCUUAAGGGUAAAGGUGGGGGUAAAGCACCCAAGAAGAUUCGAUUCAGGAUUGGAGACAGAAUUCACAUGUUGGAACUUCUUGUUGGAUUCUACCUUUUCUUCUGUGGCUGCUAUGAUGUUAUGUUCGGGAAAAACCGGUUCUAUAUAUUCCUAUACAUUCAAUCAAUUGCUUUCUUCAUCAUGGCAUUUGGAUAUGUUGGCACUAUCGUUCCCAACUCCUAAAAGGACUUCAGAACACUUCAUUCAGAUAUUUACAUAUUGUAAUAGUGUUCAUUCACAGUAUAAUCUGUGACAUUAAAUUAAAGCUUGUGUUAUGGGUGGUCAUUCUUCAAGGUUCUGCAUAAUCAGAGUCGUGGCUCGAACAGUCUUUGUGAAUAUUCAAAACAGAUACAUAAGAAAAUUACAGAAGUUAUUCCUUUGGAUAUGAAGUAUACAGAAAAUUAUUACAGCACUCUUCAGGCAACAAUCUUCCCAGGGCAGACAUCUUUGAUUGGACAUAUGGCUAUAAGAUUUUGUAGUUCUUUUUCUUUUUCAAUUUUAUCAAUCAUUUCCUUCUUUACUUGAAUUUGUUCGAAGAAAUAAUAAACAUCUUCAAUAAAUGGGAUAGAUUACAGAGUUU